GUUGCGGUCGGGGGAGCCGGAGGAAGACGGACAGGGACGGACCGAGGGUUGGCGGGUUCGGCUUGUUGUAUAUGUGUGGCGGCAGCAGUGAGGGGCAGGUGAUCGGGUUGAAUGAGGGUUAGAGGAGCGGGUGUAUGCUCUGGCCGGGCGUCUGAUACGACAGGGAGGCAACGUGACUACGGCUUGGUGCCUUCCUUCCACUGCACUAGUUAUUCACACUUCUCGGGGCUGCUCGGCGCACCGGGACGCGGCCUAAAUGUAAUGCUCGUUCCAUGAAAUCCCAGCGGCAGAAGAAGAGAUCUGGAGCUUCUCUUCACCCUUUAUUUCGGGGAGGACGUAUAAGAGGCAGUCCGCUCUGUUAGGGCGGUGCAGAGAUAGUGCUGAGCUGGUCCAAGCAGUGCAGCAUCCCAAGAAGACGAGCUGGAAGGGGCGGGGAGGUUCAGUAUUAUUACAUCUUUUUUUUGUUUAAAGUGUCACACUGUUUCAAAGGAAUUAGCUUAUUUCUAAAUAAUAGUUCUGCUCCCAAUUCCUGUCAUGUCGUCCGAUGAUCCUUUGAUAUCAGUGGGAAAUUGUGAAAGUGAAGAUGAAGUGAUAUUUGUGAGCGAACAGCCAUUGAGGCCUGUUUUGGAGUGUAUUGAUCUCUCAGAUGAUGAAGACAAUGAAGGAAACAAACAGCGCAGCAGAAGACCAAAAGAUCACAUUGAUUGGCAAAAGGCAAGAGUUUUGUCAACAUUGGACCGUGUGGCACGUCACGUAGAGGUUGAGAAGCAGCUGAAAGAAGAAAAAUGCAAAGCUUUUCAAGAGAAGGUAGAUUCCCAGCAAGCUCAUGGCUUGCAGGAGUUGGAGUUCAUUCAGGGACAAACUGCAGCAGAAGAGGCAAGAAAGUGUGUUAAUGAGUGGCUGAAAGUACCAGGACCGAAGCCUGGUGUUGUCAGUUUUGGCCGUGGCACAGUUAAAAGGCACUUGAAUGCAUCUGCGACUUGUGAUCCCAUUGACUGCCCAAUAAUGAACUGUAACAGAAAAUUUGAUAAUAGCCAUCUACUUCUAGGACACUUGAAAAGGUUUGACCAUUCACCAUGUGAUCCAACUAUUACACUUCAGGGGUCUCCAUCCACUUUGUAUAUUUGUGUCGCAUGCUGUCAGCGAUUUGUAAACCUCCAGAAGUAUGAAGAUCAUUUGGCUCUAAAGGUUGAUUCUGGGAAUGCUAAAGGUCACCGACGUGGCCUUGAACCACAGAUCUGUCAGUGCUUUGCUUGCCCGAGCUGCUAUUUGUUAUUUAACUUGAGGAAUGAAUGCUUGCAACACAUGACCAAGGCAAACCAUUUCCAUGAGAGGCAUAAACUGAGUGGUGAGCAGGGAAAGCGCAGCCCUCUUCCUUUUCCUAACUAUGCAAAGAAGCUUCUGAUCUCUUUAUGUCAGGAAGUUCCUUUCCACGUUAAGUGUACAGAUUGUCAACAGAUGCUUCGAAGCCAUAUUGAAUUGACAGCACACUUCAGGACACGAUGCAAGAGGGCUGGCCCUGUCGCCGUGUCUACAAAAGACAUUGGGCAAGUUGCUGCUAUAUUCCGAGUGAGGGGACGCUGCCUGGACUGCAACAGGCUCUUUGUGGACGACAGUCAGAUCAGUCAGCACACUAAGCAGGCCAUGCACAAAGUCCACCAGAUAGGCACCAUGGAGAAGGCCAUUUUGGAGUUCUGCCACUUCAACGAGAAGAGCAAGUUCCCCUCUGACCUCCGAAUGACCCUGGAGCAGUCCAAAGCCAGGAAGAACUCUCCCUUCAAAAGAGCUCUGGCCAAGACCUGCUCUGGCUCUGGGCAGCUCUCUGCACCCAGCUGUGCGAAGAGGAGCCGGAGGGAGUGCAGUGGUUUGCACCUGAAGGAAGAGAAAGUAGAGAGCGACAGUGGCAGAAGCAGCCCACGUGCCUACUUGUGGUUCUGUGAAUGUCACCAAUACUUCGACUCCGAGAAGGCUGUGGAGAAGCACAUAAUGUCUGCCAACGGGAUCCGCCACAAGUGCCUGGUCUGUGGCAAGCUGGCGCUUGACGCUGGCAUCAUCAGCUUGCACAUGAGUCGCAGCCACGGGGGGGCUCACCUGACCAACUAUCACUUCUGGUGCACGUGCUGCCAGGCAGAAAUGCUCCGGAGGGAGGACCUGAUGACCCACGUUAUGGAGUGCCACAGCGGUCAUGCCUACUACUAUGAGAAGGAAAUGGAUGAAGGUGAACUGGUGGUUCCCGAGCCCUCCCCAUCCAAAUCAGACUGGCAAUCAGCUGAUCUAGAUGGGAGCGAUGGUGUUGCAUGGGGCACAGAAGCCACCCAGUCUAAUGAAUCCAGGGUAAACGGCUCGUGGCAGUGCAGGUUAUGUGAGGAGAUGUUUGAGUCCGAACAGAGUGUCGCCCAGCACUGCAGCCUUUUGGCAAGUCACCAGUUCCACAAGUACAGCUGUGGGUUCUGCCAGAAACGUUUCCAUAGGGUGGAAACACUGUACCGCCACAGCCGCGAUCAGCAUAACGAUGAGCUAAACGUCAAGUAUUUCUGCGGACUGUGUGACGACAUAGAGUUUAACUCUGAAAGUGAAUUUCUCGACCAUUACAAAGCUUUCCAUAGCACUGACUACAUUUUUGUGGAGCACAGAGGUGCAACUGUGGACGAAGUUGAGGCGAUAGAGGGCUCCUCGAGGUUUUCCUGUGGCUGUCAGAUGCACUACAGCUCCAAAGAGAAGAGGGCGGAGACCAGUCGGCAGUGCAUGAAGAACCUGUUCAGCCAGGGGAAGCUGUGGUUCAGCUGCUCCUGUUCUGCAACAGCCCAGUCAGAGGAAGACAUUGAGAUUCAUCAGACAGAGUGCCAUGGGGUAAGAAGGGCUGCAACUGCCGUCAAGUGCAUCUGUGGUAAGCCCUUCAGCACGAGUGAAGGCGCCCAGAUACACUACCACAGUAAGCACUGCACAGUGCUGGAGCCACAGCCGGCUAGUUCUUCAGUGAAUGGUGAUGAUACAGCCAGCAGCCCACACGCAGGAGCUGAGCACAAUGAUACCAAGGAGAAAGUGCCAAAUUGUGAUCCCGGGGCCUCGACGAAUCACCUGACCACUAUGGGAAGCCAAGGUAGCCUCCGUGUUGCACUAGUUCGAUCCAAUGCAGCAGCUCUUCCUCAGAAGCAGAGGACAGUCAACUAUUGUACAGACAGACAUUUUAGAAAAGGUGAAAAGGAAGUCACGAUCCAGGAAGAAGAUAUUGAGCUGCCUGACUUGGACUUGCUUCGCACAAUGACACACCUUGUCUUUAUUGAUUUGGAUAACUGGGCAGGCUUCUUCAACAAUUUACCUGGACAGCUUAAUCAAGGCACAUUUUUCUGGGGCUUUCAAGGUGGAAAGAAUAAUUGGAAAGCACCGGAAAACUGUCCUGUCUACAAUUAUCUCGUCAAUACUGGGUGCUUUUUCCUUCAUCCACGGUGUAGUGCUAGGAAGGAUGCUGCUGACUUUGCCAUCUGCAUGCAUGCUGGACGCAUGGACGAGCAGUUGCCAAAGCAUAUCCCUUUCACUGUACUCUCUGGAGACAAGGGCUUCGAGGAGUUGAAGAACCAGUUGAAGAAGACAAUGCGGCCAGGCCAUGUUCUGAACCCUCACCACAUGGAAGGGGAGCUGAUGUGUGCUGUAUUAAAUAGUAUAUCUGAUACCGGAAAAGAUAGUGAUGAUGAAGAUGAAGCUCUUCAAAAAACACUUGCACUGAGUUUGCAAGAAACCAAGAUAAAGGAGGAUACUGCCAAUGAAGAUGCUGAGAUUGAAGAAGCCAUUUUGAAAAGCCUCCAAGAAAGAUAACUGAGGGGCCUUGUGGAAGGCGGAAGCAAAGUUCCAUGAAUCAGAUGGGUAAAAAUUUGGAGAUGACCAAAUUCAUCAACAAAAGCAGGAAGAGUUGCUUUACCUUCCACAUUAGGUCACCACUUCUGGGAAGGAAGGAAGAUCAUUGCCUUGUCAAACAGUGUUUUUAUUUUUGUUGCAGAUAGAAAAAAGUCAAAAAGUAUGAAACCUACAGAAAUGUAUAUAAGCUGUAAUGUGUGUGUUAAAUAGGCAUUAGGUUAAAGUGUGUGGUUGCCAUUUUGGAGCCUGAGAAACUCUGUUGCUUGGAGUCAGAGUUCCAAUGGUACGUGGAUCAAUCCACAGCUUCCACGGGAAUACUUUCUGGGUUCUUCACAGAUGAGAGAUUCCUCAGUUUUAUUUUUUCCAUUGACCCUCAAGAUUUAAAAAUAUUUCAUUGAUCCCUUCUGUCAAAAACUGCAAAGGUAACAUUUCUGACCAGGCAUGUUUCUCUUUUACCUGUCUGGUUAUCAGUACUACUGUAGGAGUUAAGAGUUGCCUUUUCUUAUAAAGUAUAUUUUUUUCAAAUGCUGUACAUGUUUGAAAUUCUUUAUCAAUGUGCUAAGUUUUUUUUCUGGUUAGGUUGAAAAAUAAAGUAUGUAUUUGCUCUCCACUUUGAGUCAAUCAGUGG